AGAUGGGGCAUCUAUUCAGGCUGUAUGUUAUCUUCCAGCUACUUCUGUCUUCCUCUUCCUCUUCCCACUUUUGUGAUCUUCAGCAUAUGCAACCCAAAUCAGACAAAGAUGAACACUCAGAACAUAGUAACAACUCAGAAGUACCAUGGCUUGUGAACAUCUAUGGCAAUGGCAGGAGAUGCCAAGGAGUUAUCCUGAGCAGUUGGUGGGUCUUGACGGCAGCCAACUGCUUCCUACUGAUGAAUCCGAGCCAAGUAGAGUUGACUGGAUCUCAUGGGCGUUUCUCCACCAAUACAGUGAGCCAAUUUCUGCUACAUCGGGGCUUCAGUUCUUGGAAUACAGCACCCAAUAAUGACCUGGGACUAAUCUUGCUUGGUCAGCCAACUGAUUUAAGAAGGCAAGACAUGUGGCCUGCUUGUAUCCCUAAAGAACAAAAACCUUAUGACAUAACAGAGGAAUGCAGGAUUUUGGAACAAAGUAAUAAUGAAACCACAAAGUUGUUUUUAAAGAUAACCAUUGUGGAGAGUCUAAGUGUCUUAGAGUGUUCUAAGCACUGGCCUGGAUCUACAAAUGAACGGAACUUGUGUGUUGAAAGAAAAAAACCUCCUAAGCAUGCAGAUUGCAAGGUGCCUGUAGGUACUCCAGUGAUGUGCCAUGACCCAGGUACAUCAAAUUGGGAAGUGAUGGGCAUUGUGAGCCAGAGUUUGCACAACUGUUCUGGUCCUAUUUUGGCUGCCCAGCUUUUAACCCACCUAAAAUGGCUAAGGCAAGAGGGAUCCCUAGAAAAUCCUCUUCAGCAAGAAUUACCGUCAGCUACUCCAGGUGUAUCGAUCAUAUUCAAAACAAUGAACAAGACACUUUCAGCAACUCAGCAAGUAUCAACAGCAGCCCCAAUUUCUCAAACAACCAUAUCACUACCAGUGGCCAAUUAUGUACCUCUUACAAAAUCCUAUGAUAACAAAACAUCUACAUCAUCAAGGCAGUUCUUUCCCCAAACUGAAAAGCCUGAGAAUGUAAAAGCCAGAACUGAACAGACAUCACCUGUAAUAACUUUUGUCACCCAAAGGACCUCUACAACAAUUACAAAAGUUUCAUCUAAAAGCUCUUCCAAACUUAGAGAGCCUUCAUCUGCAAUAUCUACAAAAGCACACCAGUCCCAAUCUGUAGUCUCUUCUACAGUCAAAGAAACUGUUGAAAGGUCCACGACAAAACAGCCCUUCUGGAACACUAGAGAGUCAAAGUAUCUAACAUUUACAGCUGUCAGACAUGAAACUCAUGGAAAAACUUUCACAAAAAAGCAGUUACCUUUCACAGCUGAACCAAGUUCUGUCACACAAACAAGUAUAAAAUUGACACCUCAGCCUUUGCCACCUUUAGAGACCACUACUAUGGAGCUUCCACCAUCCACUACUGCAACAGAUGUCAAUGGAGGUUUACCCGUUCAUCUUGUGAUAGUUGCCAUGGAACCAUAGUUGCCAAGGAGCAAACAGGAGGUUCCAUUUCUGGCAUGAAUUGCCCCACCCAGCAUAGCCACAGUCCCCCAUCUUCAUUUCCGAGUAGGCAGCUCUGAAACAGUGCAGUGAGGUGGUGCAGAAUUGCUUUGAUUAGGAGAAUCCACACAAGAAUGAGAGGGGAACCAGGAAGGGGUAAUGAAGGUAGUGGAUGUCUAGGAACAUACACAUCACAGGACAUCAGUCUAAUCAAUCAUUUAUUUCUUUUUGUUAUCUUUUUCUUUUCUUUCUCUAAUGGGUUUAAAAUAAAAUUUUCUAGUAUAGCACGAUGGCUUAGCCAUUCUCUCUGUGAAAGAAAGUUACCAAUAUGACUUAACCAAUAACAUUGAAAAGAAACUGUGGACAGGAAACUAAUCCAAGUCAACAGAACAAUUUUUGAAGAAUAUCAAUCAUGAGCACAUAAUAUAUUUAAAGGAAUGGAUAUCAUUCAAAAUUAAAUAUUGAGGGAAUUUAAUAACCAGCACAUAACAAAGCAACUACAAUAUAUAAUGGUGAACAUUCUGAGAAUUCUAAAUAGUCAAUGUUUAAAUUGCAUAGUGCAUUAUUUAGAUUUGCUUUGGAAAUAAAUUUAGAAAAUAUGGUUUAUUAUUUUUAUGAUCAAAAAAUCUAAAGUCUAAAUUACAGAUGGGGAGCUGAAUUUUUCUUAAAACACUUCCAGAUAUGGAUUGAGUAAUGGACAUUGAGGGCCAUCUGACCCUAUUUGAAUCCGGGGUGGGUGGGGUGGGGUGUCAUAGAUAUUAUUCAAUGCAGCUGCUUGUUUUUUGUUCUAUGCCUAUUUUUUUUUCCCAGUUGGAAAAUCCACAGGAAUUUAGUCAUUUGGUAGACCAAGUUUGUCCUUCAGAUAAGGUAGAUAUGAUUGUUGACUCUCAAGUUGGACUGCAGCAGAUUUAUAUACACAUACACACACACAAACAAUUAUAUAUAAAACAAAAAUUAAUACAAACUAAUAUGAAAUAAGAAAACUGAAAGAGACAUCAAAGAGAAGUGCAAGAAAGGAAAAAAGUAAAGAAACAAUAGAAAAUAAAGGAUAACCAAUUAUUUUAUUAAGUUUCUUACUCUAAGGCUCAUUUCAAUUCUGUACAUUUUGUAUCUCUUUUGACUAAUUUGGGCUUGCUUAUGGACUUUAUAUGCCAUGAUUAAAAAUGCUCUUAAGUGUACAGAAAGCUUUGGACAAGAUGCCAGCCAAUGCCAUGUCAUAAAAAAGUUGAACGCUAUGUAGUCCUAGAAUGAUGAAUGCAAUGACCCUGUUUUUUAACUGCAGUUCUUAUGUGGUAUCAUUACAAAUCAUUGAACUUUGCUUAAUUUGGAUUUAAAAAGGAUUAUUAGAUGGCACGUUCACAAGCACAAACAUGGUACCUAAUAUUUCUAUGCAUUUUAAUAAAUCUUUAUAUGCACUUUAA